GUCACGAGUGAGGGAGGAUACAGCAGGUAGCGCACCGCACCGCACCGCACCGCACCGUACACUCGAUCGAUCGAUGGCCUUAUCGCGCGAGUCUUGCGGCGUCACAACCUCCACUGCUCCCAACGCACAGACAGCUAUAGACGGUCGCUCAUCACUCUCGUGACUUUCUGCUGCAAGCCUCACACUGUGACUACUGUUUCAGCUUCCUCAACAUCCACUCAUAGCUGAACACAUCAACCGCAGUGUACGCGCAUCAGCCAAUCGACUGGGCAAGCGCAGCUCAAACGCUCGAUACACGUACUGUAUCUGCUAAGAAGGUUGUUUACAAGGUCCACCGACGUCGAGCAUUUCGGAAACACUAAAGGUCAUCCUCAUCUGCCCUGCAUCGCAGUCGAUAUGGCGCCCAUCGCACCCAACGCCCCAUCCACCCAGCCUGCGGACCCCAUCCUUGUGUCCUUUCCGGACCAGGAUGAGCUGAGCAAGCAUCUGGCCGAUUUCGUCAUCAAGGCGCAAAACGAGGCAAUUGAGCGCCGCAACAAGUUCACGCUUGCCACUUCUGGUGGCAGUCUUCCAAAGAUCCUGGGCAAGAAUAUCAUUGGUCGUCCUGAAGUUCGUUGGGACAAGUGGCAAGUCUUCUUCGCAGACGAGCGCUUGGUUCCCCUCGAUCACGAAGACUCCAACUUUCGUCUGUGCAACGACGAGCUCUUUAGCAAAGUGCCAGAGUUGAAGCGAUCGCAGAUCCACACGAUUGAUGUUUCUCAGCUAGACGAUGCGGAGGAAUUGUCGGACGAGUACGAGAAACAAUUGAGGGAUGCUUUUGCUGGGAAAGAAUCUGUCAGACACCCAGUUUUUGACUUGAUCCUUUUGGGCAUGGGACCGGAUGGACACACUUGCAGCCUUUUCCCCGGCCACGAGUUGUUGGCUGAACGCACCCGAUGGGUCGCUCCCAUCGAGGAUAGCCCCAAACCUCCACUCAGGAGAAUCACGCUCACUCUGCCCGUACUGGAGAAGGCUCAUAGGGUCGUCUUUGUCCUGUCUGGCAAGGAAAAGGCUCCUACACUCGCAAAAGUGCUCGAGGAUGAGACGAAGAGUUUGCCGGCUUCUCGCGUUCGACCCACUCCACCCGGUGAUGUGUACUUCCUAUGCACCGACGACAGCGCUGCGGAGACAAAGUACACGCGCACAGAGUGGAAGCUGUAGAUGCCAAAGUACAGUCGAC